UUCACUUAAACACUAGCUUAUUUCAGCUUUGACUCCUUCACCAUUCUUCAUACUACAAUGGCAUCAUCAGUUGAGGUUGGAUCAGUUCCAGUGGCAGAGAUCGUUGCUCCGGCUGAGGCACCGGUGAAAGUGGAGGAGUCUCCUGCAGAGGUGGUGGCGGUAGCGGAAGAAGUAGCAAGUGAGGAAACUGCAGCUGCUGAAGCCGCGGCUGUGGAGGAGCCAGCCGUUGAAGCUGCUCCUGUCACCGCUGAAGUGGCUGCUCCAGCUGAAGUCGCCGAGGAGAAGGCUGCUUCAGCUGAAGCCGAGCCUGAGCUGAAAGAAGCCGCGGCGGUGGAGGAGCCAGCUGUUGAAGCUGCUCCUGUCACCGCUGAAGAGGCUGCUCCAGCUGAAGCCGCUGCGGAGGAGGAGGCAGCUCCUGUCGCCGCCAAGGAGGAGAAGGAGGCUGAAGUUGCAGUUGAGAAAACUGAGGAGUGAAAGAGCAGCUGAAUAUAUAUUAUGCUACUAUAUGUAAAAGGUGGCACUAUUUGAAUAUCUUUUAUCUUGGUUUUUGA